UCUACCUAAUAUUAUCCUCACAGUAUACCAGUCUGCUAUAGGCCACGAUAUAGUCAAUCUCGCUAAUGUCAAAAACCAACGACUCUGUCGCCAUCGAGGAGGGCGAGAUCGUCGCGUCUCCUGCGCAAGCUCGACAUCCGCUUGUUCCGUACAUGGCACUCCUGUACAUGUUCAACGCCCUGGAUCGCGGCAACAUCGGUAACGCGCGCCUCGGUGGCCUCGAGGAGGGCACGCACCUCACCGGCAACGACUUUUACAACGCGCUCUCCUUCUUCUACUUUGGCUACUGCAUCUCGCAGGUACCCAACAUGUUUUUGCUCAAGAAAGUCAGCCCGUCGGUGCUGAUCGGCGUGACCAUGGUGCUGGGGGCCUAUUCUGGUUUAGUUGCUGCGCGCUUCUUCAUGGGCAUAUUCGAAGCCGGCAUUGGGCCUGGAGCACCUAUCAUUCUGUCGUUCUUUUACCUGCGCAACGAACUCGCAUGGCGCACGGCCAUGUUCUACGGCAGCUCAACUAUUGCUGGCGCCUUUGGCGGAGCGAUUGCCUACGGCGUGGCCAAGAACCUGGCGCACGAGAAGCUAGCACCCUGGCAGGUAUCCGACGAUUGCGCUGGGCUGGUCACUAUCUUCUUCUUGCCCAACUCUCCCCACAAGCUCGAGAAGUGGUUCGUGACGCCCGAGGAGAAGCAGCGCCAGCUGAUUGCUGCCUUCAAGGACUACAAGAACCUCUUCACAUGUCUGAUCUAUAUCGGCCUGAACAUCCCGCUAGCCUCGUACACGUCGUUCUUGCCCACGAUUGUCAAGAACAUGGGGUACUCGGAUGCCAAGGCCCAGCUGAUGACUGUUCCGCCAUAUGCGUGCGCGCUGGUUACUGUGCUGCUGUUUGCAUGGAACUCCGACCGUACUCAGCGCCGUGGCUACCAUGUUGCUGGCGCUGCUUCGAUCACCUGCCUUGGCUAUAUCCUGCUGAUCUCGUCGGGCAACUGCACGCCAACUACGCCGGUGCCUGCUUUGUUGCCAUGGGUCUCCAACAACAAUGUUGGACACACGAAGCGCGCUAUUAGUGUUGCCUUGCUUAACACGUUUGGCCAGUGCUUCGCAACCGUAGGCACGCAGAUUUACAAGACCAAAACAGCACCGCGCUUCUUCAUGGGCUACGGGUACGCCGAGUUUGGCGAGCCCAAACCGCUGUCCCCAGAGGAGCAGGCCGAGGCCGUUCAGAAUGGAAUCUACGACGACCACCCGAGCUUCCGGUUCUACAUCUAAUAUGAAUUCCAAUAGUGCGACA